UCACGGAAGGUUCCUGACACUCUGCACAAGGUACUCUUGCACAAGAGACCAAUUUGAAGCUGUAGAGAUUGUGGAAAUUUAAGCAAGAUCCAGUAAUUUUAGGAAUUCUUAGAACAGGUAAGUCCAUGCCUCAGCGCAGAAAUAUUAAUGUCUGCAUGUAAACUGCAGAACUUCUCCACCUUCUCUUUCCUGUAAAAGUAUUGACUCAUUAUAAUGCAGAGAGCACACUGCAAGUGGAAGAAACCUCAUGGAUGGAAAAGCAUCUUUCUAUUUUUCUUUUACAGUAUCUGCCUCGCUCGCACUUUCUGUAGAAAUGUUAUCAAACACCAACUUGAUUUUGUGUCUGACCAGUAACAUUCAAGUCCCUGAGAACUCUCCCCCAGGGUGCAGGACCAUCUGCUUAUACUCUGGUUGACAAUUUACCACUUGCUUUCACAUCUUUUCCCUAUCAUCUUCCUGGUUUUGUUCAAUAUCACAUACUGAAAGAGCAACCUCCCCUAUCUCACAAAAAGCAAACUCAUCUUUCUAUUGUAUCCCCUAAAAAGUUACUUAAAACGGGGAUGUAAGGAUCCCUUAAAACCUUACAUAGGCACAUCAAAAGCACAGUAGUGCCCUGAGGAAAGAAUAUAGUGACUCCCUACAGGUAACUCUGCCCCAGACAGACCUCCCCCUCUUUCUCUCCUUUUCACCUUUUAAAUGUGUGAUUUGAUAAAAGCCUUUUGAUGAUGUAAAAAAAAAACAUUUGGACUUUCAGGAAUAAAACAACCAACAACACAGUGAAAUAAUAAGAGAGUCUUGACCUUCCAAAGAACACUCACAUUCUGGUUGGAACAGGGAGGAACGUAGGAAAUGCACAUGUUCAACAUGAGAAGAGUUUCCAGGAAAGCAGGAUUUUUUUUUAAUUUUUUUUUAAACUGGCAAGUCAAACUGAAAGUGCAACUGACUUCCAGAUGAGGGUGUGGUGCUUUAAGACAAAAUGCAAUGUGUCAGACCAUUUCAGAUCAUUUCACUGAAGCACAUCUCAAUUACAGUACCUGCUACUAGUGCGCUGACAAAAGAAGCUUUGCCAUCGGCUGGGAUAUGAAUAACUCAACUGAUUACUGGAUUGAGGAUGAGGAGGAUGAGCUCAACUCUGUUAUAGAUUACAAUACAUAUGAGCUUCUCUGUGAAAAAAACGAUGUGAGAAAUUUCAGUAAAUUAUUUCUCCCUGUGUUCUAUGCAUUGGCUUUCACUGUUGGAGUUGCUGGGAAUUCAUUAGUGGUCGCAAUUUAUGCCUAUUGCAAGAAACCGAAGACUAAGACGGAUGUGUACAUCAUGCAUCUAGCCAUUGCUGAUUUGCUCUUGCUCUUUACACUCCCUUUUUGGGCUGCAAAUGCAGUGCAGGGAUGGGAACUUGGAAACGCCAUGUGCAAGCUCACUUCUUCUCUGUACACCAUGAAUUUCAGCUCUAGCAUGCUGUUCCUGGCCUCUAUCAGUGUGGAUAGAUACAGGGCCACUUCUGAAUCCCGGGGUCAUAGAAGAACCAGUAAACACUGCAGUGUUACCUGCAUCUGUGUCUGGCUAUCUGCCAUUUUCCUCAGUAUCCCUGAAUUGAUAUUUAAUCAAGUCAAGAAACACAAUGACAGGAAUGAAUGCCUUCCUGUAUUUCCAAUGAAUAUGGAAACACUCUUAAAAGCAACCAUUCAAAUCCUGGAAAUUAUCCUGGAAUUUCUGCUUCCUUUCCUAGUAAUGCUGAUCUGCUACUCAGCUACUGCUCGAGCAAUCUUUAGAUCUGCAAAUGCUAAAAAAACUAGACCUUUCAUGGUUCUGCUGGCAGUAGUGGCUACUUUCAUUAUUACCCAGCUACCGUACAACAUUGUUAAGUUCUGGCGAGCCAUUGAUAUCAUCUAUCUGCUGAUUACUGACUGUGAUGUGAGUAAAACCACAGACAUCACACUCCAGGUCACCAAGAGCAUAGCUUUGUUUCACACCUGCCUGAACCCUCUUCUCUACACCUUUCUGGGCGCCUCUUUUAAAAUGCAUAUUAUGAAAAUCGCAAAAAAUUAUGGAUACUGGAGAAGGCAACAACAGAAUGGAAGACCUGAAGAAAUUUCUAUGAAUUAUGAAGACCAUACUGAAGAAACAAUUAGUUUCACUAUAUAGACUCUCCAUUACUUCCAUUAUCUUAUAUAACCAAGGGAAUUAUUUACUAAUUCUGAGGGUAUUGUUUCAGCAGCUGUUUGUGUGCAAGUCAACUUUCAGAUUAAUUUCUGAACCUGCAGACUAGCCAAGACACUGCAGUGCAGUUCAAAGUGAACAUGUUGAUCAAAAUCAGGCAUCAGGCAAGAACUAAAUACUGAAAUUCCUAGAAACAACUAGAGAUACUUACUGGAAAAAAAAACCAAACCCAAACCUCCCAGAACGACAACAAAACCCAAACACCUAAAACUCCCCAAGAUUUAAAUUUAAAAGGGUCACAGCACUAGGCACGUAAAUAGCUGUGUAAUGAACAAUCUGCACAUGUCUAAACAUAUAAUUAAAACAGAAAAAGAAACCAGCAGCAAUAAAACAGCAGUAUAGGAACUUUUCUACCAAACGUUAAUAACCUUGUGUUUCUCCACCUAUUUUGUAAAACUUUAGAAUAUUUGCCUAUAAAUCAGUUCCGUUUUCUUCCUCAGCUAUCAUUCUGUAAAUACACUUGCAGCUUGAAAUGAGGUAUCAGUUCAUGGCUGAGAACUUGGUGGGGGAGCCAUUCUUUAUGUGUUUCCACAUAUGUAUAGCAACAACAACAUCCUCCACAAAAAACAGUAACUCCUCUCUAACUACUAAAAAUAACCUUUCACCUCUCCUUUUCUGUUCACCCUAAACCUCAACAAGCCCAGUGCCCUAUGGGAGGCACAUUCUAGAUCUCUGUAAACAUAAUGUCAAAUGUAAAUGCCAAAGUAGUGCAGUCAAAGCAUUAGCAGAAAUGUAAGAAAAAGUUAAUCUUCAGAUACAGGGCCUGGAAUUUCUAGUCAGAAUUUGUAAAAUGAAUCAAAUACUGCAAUAACUGUAUCUGCUAAAACAUAUGGAGAUACAAUAAAAUCAAAGAAUACAAAAAGUGCACUGGCUGUCACUUAUUCAUAUCCUUAU